CCGUGGGGAAGGGCGGGGCAGUAUUUCACUUGAAGCACAGUGAGCUGGAGACUCUAGAUGGAGCCAAGGUUCUAGAUGGCACUUCCAGGUUUCUGACGCCUGCCUCUCUCCCAUCCCAGCCCCAUGAGAGGGGCGAACCGGUCGGGCGUCUCCGAGUUCCUCCUCCUGGGGCUCUCCAGGCAGCCCGAGCAGCAGCAGCUGCUCUUCGCGCUCUUCCUGACCAUGUACCUGGCCACGGUCCUGGGAAACCUGCUCAUCCUGCUGGCCGUCGGCGCGGACUCCCGCCUGCACACCCCCAUGUACUUCUUCCUCAGCACCCUGUCCUUCGUGGACGUCUGCUUCUCUUCCACCACCGUUCCCAAGAUGCUGGCCAACCACAUACUCGGGAGUCAGAGCAUCUCCUUCUCCGCGUGCCUCACGCAGAUGUAUUUUGUUUUCAUGUUCGUGGACAUGGACAAUUUCCUCCUGGCUGUGAUGGCCUAUGACCGCUUUGUGGCCAUAUGCCGCCCCUUACACUACACAACGAAGAUGACCCCCCAGCGCUGUGCCCUGCUGGUCGCUGUGCCGUGGGUCAUUGCCAACCUGGAUGUCCUGUUGCACACCCUGCUGAUGGCUCGACUCUCGUUCUGUGCAGACAAUGCCAUCCCCCACUUCUUCUGUGAUGCGACUCCCCUCCUGACACUUUCCUGCUCUGACACACGCCUCAACGAGGUGAUGAUUCUUACUGAAGCAGGGCCCAUAAUGAUUGCUCCAUUUAUUUGCAUCUUAGUGUCAUAUGUCUUUAUCACUUGGGCUAUCCUGAGAGUCCCAUCCCCAAAGGGAAGAUGGAAAGCCUUCUCCACCUGUGGCUCCCACCUGGCUGUAGUUUUCCUCUUCUAUGGAACUAUCAUAUCUCUGUAUUUCAGCCCUUUAUCCUCCCACUCCGCUAAGACAGAUGUAGCAACUGCUGUGAUGUUCACAGUGGUGACCCCCAUGCUGAACCCCUUCAUCUAUAGCUUGAGAAACAAGGACAUAAAAGGGGCUCUUGGAAAAGUGCUUGCUAGGAAAUGGGCAAGGAUCAUCGUGGAGGGAAGACAUUUCUAAGAAAAUCAUAUUUGUAAUUGUCUGUUGUGCAAAACCAUGUUUGUCUUUGGGAAAAGAAUCAUCUAGUGUUUAUCUGAGGAGAGCAAAACCUGGCACAGCCUCUUCAGGUUAAAGAUGGAAAGAGGUCUUUUUACCCAAUAACUUGACCGUUCCAACCAUUGACACCCCUCUAGCGAGAACCUGCUAGGAAUACACCACUUCGUGAGUAAGUGGGGUUUACUGAUCAUAACAAAGGGGAGCACACACUAUGCAGGGAUAGUAGGUUUUGUAGGAGGUGUUGAAAGAACUUAUUCAAAUACUUGGUUUUGUGUAAGGUUAUUUUGGUGAAGACUUAGAAAUUGGGUCUUUGAAUUGAUUAGAUGCUUUCAGAAAGUGCGAAUGGUUUUGAUUGGGUAUGUUAAUAUAUUUUAUCUGAGGGAAGACUAGACCGAGGCCAAAACUGUGAUUAGGAAAGAAGUAGCAGUCAUACUGGUAUCAGCCAGCACAGGGGUGUUCGGUCAUUUCUGAGGCUUGUGUUCUUGUUUUUGUCUUGCUCCAUUACAGUUACAGAAUGGCCUCGUGUCAUACCAAUAUUCUGGGAAAUUCUCUACAUUCAUUGGGAGGGCACUGAGACCCGCUGUGUGCCAGCCAGCUCCUAUCAGGGCUGGUUUCUCUUUCUCACAACAAAGACACAGAUAUGAGAACAUCCGAUGGAAGGGUCAUAUUGGUGUUAAGGCAGGCAGGCAAAGAGUUCAUUUAGGGCUCCAAGAAGCCCUGAUUCUGCCAUGUCUUCAAACUAAUAAUUUUUAUCUUUUUAUCUGAUACAUAAUAUCACACAUUACAAUAGAAAUAUGCAUAAGUUAAGCAAGAAAGAAAUGUCUUCCAGAAUAUCUGUGCCCAGCCAUAUCAGUCAACUGAAGAUUUUUUUCCCACCCUGUUCCAUUUAUGCCUUAAAUAUAUGCUAAAUAAUUUGUAUCCUGAUUUUCUGCUUUCAUUUCAUAAUAAAGUUUUUCUAAAUUU